AUGGCAGGCCUCUACAGACUCUAUCACGACAAACACAACCCACCACCCGACUUCUCCCAUAUCUCCUUCCACGGCAAAACCAUCGUCAUCACCGGCGCCACAUCCGGCCUCGGAUUCGAAGCAUCCCUCAAAUUCCUCCAACAGGGCGUCUCAUCACUCAUAAUCAGCAGCCGCGAUCAUGCGCGCGGCCAACAAGCCAAGAAUGAACUAGAAAGUCGCGCCGGCCGUGUCGGUGUUGUGACGGUAUUGCCACUGGACAUGAGCUCUUUCCAGAGCGUCGUCGAGUUUGCGUCGCGCGUCAAUUCCGAGUUGAAUGGUCGAAAGUUGGAUGUUGUUGUUCUGAAUGCCGGGAUUAUGCAUCGCGACUAUACGCUUACCGAAGAUGGGUGGGAGGAUACCUUGCAGGUUAAUACGCUUUCGACUGCGUUGCUUGCGGGGUUAUUACUCCCUACACUUCAACAGCAGAGCAACAACGAGGUAGUAGCGGAGAGCGACGUACCGCAUCUGGUUAUUGUGUCCAGUGGCACCGCCGUACAAGUCAGACAGAAAGAUCUUCUCCCGCCAUCUUCUUUCUCAUCAUCGUCUUCUUCUUCGUCUCCCUCUCAUGCGCUCCUCGAAUACAUAACCCAACCAUCAACACGCCAAAAAUACGAAAUCUCAAAACUCCUCCUCGAAUACACAUCCCGCUGCAUGGCGGAGCAAACUAUCAAUCCCAACGGAAGUCUCAAUGUGAUUAUCAACACUGUCAAACCGGGGUUGUGUGCUUCUGCCCUGGGCCGGCAAUACACGGCUCAUUGGUAUGAGCGAUGGGCUGCGGGGGUGUUUAAUUGGUUGUUCGCGCGGUCCGCUGAAGUUGGGGGCAGGGUUGUGGUUAGUGCUUGUGUGCAGGGGUAUGAGUCUCAUGGCAGGAUGUGGAAGGGAGAUGGGUUAUUUGAUGAGACGGGAACUCUUCUAGGGAAGGAAGGGAAAGCACUAAAAGAUCAGGCUUGGAGUGAGAUUCUGGAUGUGCUCAAGGAGCAGGCUUCAAAGUACAAUGUGCCAUUCAACCUCCGGUAA